GGCACCGGAGGCGGCGCCGCGCAGGACCGAGCGGAAGUGCUCGGCUGCUGCUUCCCGGACGAGCGGAGCGCCGGCGCGGCCGCCUGACGGGUCUCCUUCUCGCGGCCUCAGAGACCGCAGUCGGCAGCUGAGCCGCCAGUUACAGAAUGUCUGAAGGUGACAGCGUUGGGGAGUCCGUCCACGGGAAGCCUUCUGUGGUGUACAGAUUCUUCACGAGACUUGGACAGAUUUACCAGUCUUGGUUGGACAAGUCCACGCCGUACACGGCUGUGCGAUGGGUUGUGACGCUGGGCCUGAGCUUCAUCUACAUGAUCCGCGUUUACCUGUUGCAGGGCUGGUACAUCGUGACUUACGCCUUGGGCAUCUACCAUUUGAAUCUCUUCAUAGCUUUCCUCUCUCCCAAAGUGGACCCCUCCUUAAUGGAAGAUUCAGACGAUGGCCCCUCCCUUCCGACCCGACAGAACGAGGAGUUCCGGCCCUUCAUCCGCAGGCUGCCGGAGUUUAAGUUCUGGCAUGCGGCCACCAAGGGCAUCCUCGUGGCCAUGGUCUGCACCUUCUUCGAGGCCUUCAAUGUGCCGGUGUUCUGGCCCAUUCUGGUGAUGUACUUCAUCAUGCUUUUCUGUAUCACCAUGAAGAGGCAGAUUAAGCACAUGAUAAAGUACCGGUAUAUCCCAUUCACGCAUGGCAAGAGGACGUACAGGGGCAAAGAGGACGUGGGCAAGACGUUUGCUAGUUAGAGCUGGACUGGACCUGCUGCAGACUCCAUGGACAGUUUUGAGCCAUUGUAACAAUGCCUUUUUUCUUCACAUAAAGUAGUUGAUUACGAGGGAGUCGAAUUUUCUUUUUACAAAGGAGCUUCAAUUAUUUGUAACUGAGAUCAGGUUCUUGAAGAAACUGGCAUUUAAACCAACUUGCAUUUUUUUCCCCCAAGUGAAUUCAAAUGUUUGGACAUGGAAUUCUGGUGGCCAGCAGGUGGGGGUGGGGGGACACUCGGGUGGGGGAGCGGGGGGGGGGCAGGCGGGCACCAUGGCUGUCUCGGAGCGAGCCCUGCGUGGAGGAGACCAGCUGUGCCCCAGCCGCUGCCCCCGAGGAUGCCCCAGCCACCCGGCCCAGUGGGCAAGGCCAGCCCUGCGUCCAGAGGCCCCUACCCUGGAAAGAUGACGCCCAGUAGCUAGGUGCUAGUGCCAGCGCCUGCUCUGCUCUGACCCAGGAGAGCAAAGCUAACUGUCACAGUGACAUUCUGUGGUUGCUCUGGGGGGCUGGGAGUUAUAAAUAUAUAUUAUAUUUUAACUGUUUGAAAUUAUUUUGACAUGUUUUUUUUGAUAUAGUCAUUUUGUUUUGCUUUUGAUUAAACUUGUUCUCAUGCAUCAGCCCCUUUACAGAAUUAGCCAGUUCGAUGAGUUUCAAAAUGUGGCUUUUCACUUUCUAUGGGGAAAUAGAACUCCGACCUGCAUGUCAGCCUUUUGAUGUGAUAAAAACAAGAUACUCAACGUUUUACUAAGUGACUUUUUAAUUCCUACUUUAUUAAAAGACAGUAUCCCCUUU